UGGCUGCGCACCCGGAAGAGUGGUCGGCGGAGCGAACGCCAAAGGCGGCGGUUGUCGGGGCGCUGACAUGGACAAGCUGAAGAAGGUGCUGAGCGGCCAGGACACGGAGGACCGAAGCGGUCUGUCCGAGGUUGUGGAGGCGUCGUCGCUGAGCUGGAGCACCAGAAUCAAAGGCUUCAUCGCAUGCUUUGCUCUAGGGAUCCUGUGCUCACUGCUGGGCACUCUUCUGCUGUGGGUGCCCAGGAAGGGACUCGGCCUCUUUGCAGUGUUUUACACCCUGGGGAACAUCACAUCCAUUGGGAGUACCAUCUUCCUCAUGGGGCCCGUGAAGCAGCUGAAGCGUAUGUUUGAGCCUACGCGUCUCAUCGCCACAAUCCUGGUGCUGCUGUGUUUUGCACUCACCCUGUGCUCUGCCUUCUUGUGGAAUAAGGGACUUGCACUCAUCUUCUGUAUUUUGCAGUCUUUGGCCUUGACGUGGUAUAGCCUUUCCUACAUACCAUACGCAAGGGACGCUGUGAAGAAAUGCUUUGCCGUGUGUCUUACGUAACGCACUGCCAGCGUGCAGGGAGCACUGUGGACAGAAGCUGGUGGACAGUUCUGUAAAUACCCUCUAAGCCUCUGUCUCACAGACACGUGCCUUCUACUUGCAGCGGUGUGUGGCUUGCAAUUUGGACAUUUUUGAGGGUUGCCUGUGGCAUGAGUCCUAGACCCUAAUGCCUGUAACACAAUGUGAGGCUCUGUGGCUUGUAUAGACAACUCUUCUUGUGACCAGUCUCCUCUGGGAGGUAUUCCAUGGAGCACUCACAAAACAGUCUUUGUCUAAUAGCAGCAGAUAAACCUCAGGGGCCACUACUGACUCCCAGGCGGCAGCAGGAAGCUCUAGCAGGCUUUCUAGUGGAGCAGCAGGAAGUACAGAAUUUUGAAGAUUUGUCCCUCACCAAGAAAACCAUUGCCACAGCCCCACACAGUGUCUUCCCUGGUGUUUGAGAACAAGUGAUUCUGCCCAGACCCGGGAGAGCCUGCCCCGGAUACAUUGUUCCUCUUUCUGGAUGGCACCUUCUUGCUGUUCUGAAUUCAACUGGCCAUGGAAUGUAUUUUUAGUGUUCAAUGUGGAUUCUUGCCCUCACCUCCUAUGUCUUGUCUUGUGACCUUGGGACACUGGUUAGUUGAGAGUGAAGUAGUGACCUAAAAUGCUAUUUCCUUUUGGACAAGAGCUAUUAGAAAGUGAAAAAUCUCCAUGUUC